UCGAAAUUUCAACCGCCAUUUUUGAUCAGUUGAAGAAUUCGUAGUGACGCUUGGUGUGUUUUUAUUAUAAAACGGCUUAUUUCGUGUACAUAAUAAUGUGCUUUUAGUGUUCACAAGGUUUGCGGUAUUGAAUAAGUAAAAUAUAUUACAUUAAACGUGUUUUCGAAACGUUUCAUUAGAAUUUUUUUCGAAUUCGAUUCGGCCGAUUAAUUUCUUGUUAUAAAUUAGACUAAUAUCUUAAUUACUUGUGUUUAAAAAAAUGGAUUCAGUAUCGGAUCGCUUAAAUAAAUUGAGGGAAGAGAGAAUUGCCAGAGAAAAGGCGCGGAUUGAAAAGUUGCGAGAAUUGAAUCUCAAAAAAUACAACAAGGAUGGAGAAUCAACAAGAAAUUCUACAACAAACUUAUCUAUGGUUAACAAAUCUGUUAAGUCUGAGGUUAAUUUUAAAAACCCAGGACCUGUAAAAAAUAAUUUCCACGUAAAUGGCACAUCUAAAAGACCAAUUUCCGUACCAACCUUAAAAAAGGAUUUGGUUAAGCCUAAAACCGAUGUCAAAAAAAGUAACUCCAGUGGGGCAAAUGCUAACAAAAAUAUUCCCAAUGUUGACAAGAAGCCUGCUAAUCCUUCAAACAAUGACCGAAAAAACGUAACAGACAAAAAAGUACAAAAUAAUGAAAAGAAACCGCUGCAAGUCAGUAAUCUACCAAAAUUGGCACAAAAUAACGACAAAAAACCAUCUCAAGUCAGUAAUUUGCUAAAAUAUGAGAAGAAAUUCAAUACUACUACUGCUAAUAAUGUAAAAAAACAACACUUUCCUAUAAGAAAGGCAGAUAGUAUUACUACAAAUGUAAAGGUGCGUCAGAGCCUUGCUGUCACUAACAAUAAACCUACAAACAACAUCGCUAGAAAGUCUAUGAUACCACAAAACUCUUCUAAGACCACGUCGAACGUCUCAGUCUUCGAACGUCUGUACAAACCCAAAAAUGUCCCACAAAUCCAAGUAAAUGAUGUUGAAAAGCUUCACACGGAUCCUAACUACUUAAAAAAAGUAAUCCGUAACACUGGCCUCAUUUUGAAUAAACGUCAUACAGUUUUUGAGAAUACAAAACCAAAAAUAGCCAUGCCGGUCCGCAGGUCCAUUUCUGCGGUUCACUUCAAACGUAUUGGCAAAGAGGAAUUAGGUAACUGUAUUCACAAAUGGGCUUCAAUCGGUGAUAAAUUAAAUAAUGUACAUUUAAAACAUAUAAAUGAGGACGAGAAUAUAAAUGAAGAUAGAGUUGUAUCUGCCGUUAAGAGUGAACGAAAGAAAGUUACGUUUAUGACCCCGAUGGGUAACUUGAAUACUCCUAGGCCGGAAGAGCUUCAAGCUAGACUAAAGUCUUGGUUACAGAAACGUGGAAAAUCUUUAGACUCAUACCAUCAUUUACAAUGUUUUGGCCUACACCACUUACCGCAUAGCAUCAAGUUCGAUCCAAAGGCAUUCGACGAGGAAAAUAAAGAAAAUAUUGCAGUGGAAUCGGAUAGUGAUGAUGAUUCUUACACGGAGAAUAUGAAUGGAGAAGUUAAAGAGUCGGAGAAGUGGAGAACAGCUAGCGUUGUUAGUGACAGCGUGGAUUUCAAUGAGUCUCAGAAUACUACGGUGACUUGCAGCGAUGUUGUGAACUUGGAUGAUGUGGUUGUUGGAGCCUUGAAUGACCUCACUGAGAUAUUGCGAGAGGGUUUCGAUUGGGAACAAUGUGCCCGCUGGCUGCGCGCUAUCCGGGAGCGGUUCCCCGGCGCCCCGCAGUGCGCCGCCUACUGGGAGUGCCGCGCCGCGCUCGAGGAGCGGCGCGGAGACCUGCCCGCCUCCGUGCAGUGCUGGGAGGAGGCCAUCGCUAAGGGCACCGAGCGUUCGGUAGUAGAAGCCAAUUUGGAUCAACUCCUGGACAAAUUUAUGCAACUCAAGAUCAGCCCCAGCAGUGGAAAGAGACGCCAGGCCGAUCCCAAACUGGUGGACGUGAAGAAUGUCUUCAAAAGCACUAUAAUCAGAUUUGCAGUCCAACAGGCUAAAUUACGCCAAUCAAAUCAAUUCGAAGCCCCCAAGUACACAGUGACCCCCGUCCGUCGCAGCGCCCGACUCAGCUCCCACUGGAGCGCUAAGAGGACGCCUCUGCAAGUUUGCACCACUGUCAGACAAGCCGAUGAGAUUCUAGGAGAAAAACCCUUGUUUGUACCUAACGGGAGUUUGUAUGGCACACCUUAGGAAUUACAAGAUUGAGGCCAGUUUCACUGGUAACCGAUAAAGUUUCAGUUAGUUGCUGUCUAACAGAUAAAGGCUGCUUAUAAGUUCUGCCAGGUAUUGCUUGCUUAAAAGUUGAUGAAAAAUUGUUUAUCUAUCAGGUAAGUUCCUGAUAGGCUAUCAGAAACUUUAUCAGUAACCGGUGACACUGGUCAUAAGGGUUGCACCAUUUAACUAUAACGAUAACUGACAUUUUCAGUUGUCAAAUCGCCGAUGUGACCAAUGGGCGUCAAGUAUACGGCUGGUUAUGGUUUGGUUAUCGUUACAGUUAAAUGAUGCAAUCCACACUUAUAAAAUGAUUAUAAUCUAACUUAUAAUUAUGUAUUCUAAUUCAAAAUGGUAUUGGAUAUAUAAGACAUAAUAGACGGGAGCUAUUGAUGAUGUGAAAUUUUCUCUUUGGACAUAAAACUUGCAUAGAUUUUCAAGUAAUUGUAAAUAAGGUUUAUUUUUAAUGUUAUUUUCAAAUACAUGGAUGCAUUGGAUUCAACUUGCCGAGCACAGAUUAAUUAGGUCAAAGCAUACUGUAGUCUAUAAUGGAAAUAAGAAUAAAAAUGUGUAUAAAUUGAUACUAGAUUCAAAUGUCGAUGUUAGAACAUUUACAGCCUUACUUAUAAACGUGAAUUAAUAAGUAAUACUUAAGGGCUGUUUAAGAAAAUUCUUACUUAUAAACGUUGCUUAAGCAUGUCUUAACUAAUGAACCCAAAUAUUUAAUCACUACUUAAGGCUUUAAGUUAGUUACAAAUGAUGCUUAGAAGAUGCCUAGAGAAUUAAUAAGUAAGGCUGUUAAUACUUCUUCUAAUACCUAUACAAUUUCCUUAUUAAUCUGUGGUAUACUAUAGUACACAAUUUCCUUAUUAAUCUGUGGUAUACUAUUUGGCCCAGUUUGUUCUUAAUAUAUAAUCAUUAAUUACAUGAUAUUUCAAUAAAUACAGCGAGGCUCAUAUGUAUUUAAGAUAUAUGACUUGGUUCAGUAUUUAUUAAGCCUAACUUGAGCAUUAGUUAAA